AGUUGGUUUCUUAAUGUCAUUGACAAAAAAUGUAUCAAGUCUAUUCAUUGAGAAAUGUAUCAUUUUUUGCUGCACAAUGUAAACAGAAAUACUAUCUGAUAAUAGAUACAUUUAAAUAUACAGAUAUCCAAAAAAAUUAUACUUUGAAAGUCAUUUGAUUGAAUCAAAUAAAAAUGUCCAUGUUAACUCUAAAUUCUUGUGGUGAAAUACCAUAUAAUAACACAAUGUUCAAUUUUUAUAUGGAUCAAGAAUUGGUUGAUACCGAACUAAUAUUAGCUAAUGGAAAAAUAAAAACCCAUUCCCUAAUAUUAGCUACUCAAAGCAAGAGGUUGUACGACAUGUUGAUAUCACAAAAUGGACAAAAGAAAACAGUUAUGUUGACACAAUAUUCCAAGGAAACAAUGCGAAUUAUUUUAGAGUAUAUGUAUAGGGGCGUAGUAACGUAUCCUACACAAAACGAUGAAGAUGUUAAGGAAGUAAUAGAUUUUCUAGGGGUUAGUUUUAAGACUGAUUCCAAAGAUAAAUGUAAAGUUGAAAAAACUGAAGAGACAGAUGAUUCUAUUAUAGAAGUAAAAAAACAAGAAACUUUGAUAGAAAUUUCUGAUAAUGAAACUGAAACGAACGAUAACACAAUUAAAAAUAUAUCGAAAUCACAAAACGUUAGUAUUAACCAAGAGAAAAAAAAUGAGAACACGAGUUUGGGGCCAUUAGAUGAGUCUUAUGAUUUUUUAACUAACAGUAGUGAUACAAAAAUUGAAGGUACACAAAAAUCAAAUGAAUCUGAGAAAAGUCCAGAUUUUAUGAAAACAAAAGAAAGAAAGAGGAAAAAUGUGGUUAAAAACCCGUUUUCCGAUUAUGUAACUGUAAAGAAAUCCGAGGAAUCUGUAAAUAAUUCACAAAGCCAAUUAUCAAACCACCAUAACGAUCAAAUUACAUCAAAAUCUCAGUCUGAAACCGAAGUUUCUAACAACAAAAGACAUAAAUGCGAAAAAGAACAAUUGAACGGACAAUCUGUAUCGGAAAAUCGUGAAAAUAAGGAUAAAUCGGCGGAAAAACCGACGAGUACCGUACCAAAUAAACAAGGGAAAGUCAAGUCUGAUACUAAUAUAUGGAUUAACAAGAAAAAAAAUCCAAAUAAUAUUUCGAAAAAGUAUUGCCUGAUGUGCCAGAAGAAUAAAAUUAACAUAAAAUGUCACAUAAGGAUUUUCCAUAAGAAAUUGACGAGGCUUCCGAAUCAUAUUUGCGAUAAGUGUUCCAAAAGUUUCUUUUUCGAGGAAUUUUUGAAUUGUCACAAAGAAAUUUGUAAAUAACGAAUUUUUUAUAUGUAUAUAGAUACCUAAUUAUUAUAUUGAAUGAUUUAUCGUUUUUAUUUGGAAAACAUACUAUAUAUUUAUAGAGGGUGUGACCGGAUAGUAAUGUGUCAAGUCCUAGUUUCAAAAAUUUAUUCACCCAAAUGUUACAAUUUCUUAUUAUUCUUUCCUGGAAGGAUUCAACGACGAUGUCCUUCAGCGACUUUUUCUUAACACUUUAAGGUUAUCCACGGUAUCCAAAUGUCCUCCAGGUUAUCAGAUUGUUGUCCACGGUAUCCAAAAAUUAUUCUAUCAAUUUCUUGAGCCUAUAGAACAAAAAAAUUGUCUGUCGUUGCUAUGAGGCGGCCAAUUAGUCAUUAGUAAGUAAAACUAAAAAAACAAGCACAUGGUCGAGGUGGAUCUUCCAAAUAAUCCUUGAUCUCUAACGUGACGCGGUUGUUCCUUCGACGUAGAAUUUAGGUUUUUCUCCAGGUGGUAGAAAGCAUCUUGUGCCACUUGAUUCUACUAGCAUUUCGAGAAGUAAUCAUCCCUAAAAGCCUCUUUAAACCCGGUAAAAGUUUUCUCCGGCGUUUUCUUGAUUGUAAUCAACGGAAAUCUCUAUUUAGCCUUUUAAUGUACAGUCGCUUCGGAAAAAAUGUGACACAUUAUUUUCCCUGUAUGUUUCAUAAUUUAUUUUUUUGGAAAAAAAUCUACACUCAAUUGUGAACUUUAUAUUUUUAGUCUUUUUUUCUUCAUAAUAUACAAAUUUUAUUUUAUAGCUACAUAUUUGAAGAACGUUUUUAUUUAUUUUUAAUAAACUUUUUCAUACAUCAGAAAAA